GAGCACAAAGAUUCGAUUUGUGCUGAUGACCUGAAGCAAGCGAAGAGUUUCAAGCGCUUGUUUCUGUCAGAUAGAGGCAGCUGGAGGGCAGUUUGCUGACAGGGUUGACUGACUGGCUGGGGGCCCAACAACCUGAUUGCUCAGAACAUUUUACAUCAGCAGUCGUGCUGCCAUGGAAACAAAGCCCACAACCUGGCAGGAGCAAGGUCUUUUCACUUCUCUAGUUGAGAUGCAGGGUGAAGAGGGCACAAGCGUGGGCCACAAUGUUUCUCUACAAGAGAGAAAAGCCCCCAAGGCAAUGCCUGAGGAGGACUUAGAAGCCCCGGAGCUUGGAGUCAAACUUGAAGCUCCGCUGGAAUGUCAGAGAAUCAAGAUAAUAGAAAUGGUUGAUGUAAUCAAAAUUGAAAAUCAGAAAUCCACAGAUAUUACUCAGUGGCCUAUGAGAGAGACACAAGAAGCCAUGACAGAAUUGGAAGGAAGGCCUAAAAAGUUCUCAGAGGCACAGGAGGAACCUAAAGAAGAAGAUAAUUUCUGUGAGAAGGAUUUCCCGCCUCCACUGCCGCUCAGUGCCUUAUCAGCAGCAGAGUGUGGUGAGAAAGAAGGGGUUUCCAGCCUGGAGGGUGAGGUGGGGGAGUGGAUCAGUGAAGCUGAACCAACAGAAGUCACUCAAGAAUGCGCAAAAACACCCAAACUUCUUGAGCCAGCUCAUCAGGAUGCAGACAUAACAUCACAGUUGAAUUCAACAGCACUAAUGAAUGCAGGUGACAUUAGAAGCAAUAAAACUGAAACUUCUGGAUCUCAGUCUGCCCGGCGCUGUCUUUCUGACAUGAACAGCUCAGAUGACAGAAACACUCUGAACUCUCCUCCUUUUGCUGAUGAAAGUGAAGAAGAAGAGGGAACAGGUGGAGAUGUAACAACUCAGCACCAAUCUGCUCCACGUGAGAUGAGCUGCGUGGGUUUCCAACCUUCAUGUUUAAAUCAUGAAGAAACAGACUCAGUCCUGCCUGCAAAUGAUUCAGUCAGACAGGAGGAGGCAGUGUUGCCACAAAGUCAGUCUGAGCUCUGUCCCAGGAGAUUAAACCAGGAAGCUGCACAAGAGGUGUUUGGCCAGGGAUCUCCACCUGGUUCGGCUGUUGCCAUGGAGCUGGCCAAUCAGGGAGGGGAAGCCUCUCAAGGCCAUAGUUGCGUUGCAGCUGCAAGAGAAAGGAGCAGCAGGGUGUGGGAGAGGACAGAGGGUGAAAAUGAGCUAACAGGUGGAGUGAAAGGGCAGAAUAAGAGUAGAGUUGAAAAGAGCAAGACGGCUGUGAGGUCACAGAGCAGAGGGCUGUUCAGGUAUCUCCAGGCAGUCCAAACACAAGAGUCUAAGGAGGAAAACAGCUGUGGUAUAUCUUCUAAAGCCAACAGAGACACCAGGAUGAGGACUGACACGUAUGAGGAUAGCCAGAGUGACAGCGGAGUGUCAGCAGACUCCCACUCAGACAUAACACGGAACAGCAGCACCAGCAUGUCUGCAGACUCUCCGGGCCCUGUCUCCUCAGAGACCCCCAUCGAGAGGGAGAUCAGACGGGCAAUAGAGCGCGAGCAAAGCCUGAGAAGAUCCAGAGGACUUCCAAACCAACGCACCUCUCCAGAAUACGUAGAAGUUCCUUCCAGAAAAAGUCUUAGCGUGUCCUCCACUCCCAAGUGGUCCCAGAACAAGGACAGGGAAUUUGCAGGCAAAAAGAUGCAGCACGAGAUUCACGAAGAGACUCGGAGGGAGCAAGACCUGGUCAAGAUUGGGAAAAUUCCUGGCUUCUAUGACAAAGGCACAGUUCGCCAAAUAAAAGAGAGGAAGCAACUCUUUGAGACCCUGCAGAUAUGUCCAGAAUCGCCAUUGACAGUCUCACCUAAAAGUAAGACCCCAUCCUGGUCAUCUGGUAGCAGUGACGAUUUGAACUUAAUUUUGGAGAGUCAAGAUGAAUCUGGGACAUCCACCCCAGAACAUACCACCUACAUGGAGAGAAAACCCAUUACGGUCAAUACCUCACAGAACCAAACAUCUGCCAAAGGUUUAGAUUGCUCUGGUCUCAGAGGACCAAAGCUCUCAGAGGGGACUGGCUGUCAAAUCAUCAUCAUAGAAAAUAGCCGAAGCAUUCCAGCACAGAAACACUCCAAAGCCAAAGCAGAGGCAAAGGCCAGUCCAGCUCUUGAAACUGGAAAGGAUUUCAACUCAACAGAAAAGACAAGAAGCUAUGACGGGUUGAUGAAGGCAAAGAAGGAACAGGAGGAGAAAGAGAUCUCAGCGUCCAAGGAGAACCCUUUUUUCAAGCUCCGUUCCUCAGCUAAUUUAGAUAAAGUGAGGCAGGAUAUCCAAGAGACCAAAGACAGGGAGAAGGAGCUUCACACCUUGCGGCUCAGCCUGUAUGGGGGAAUCAAUGGUACCGAAUCCUCCUCAAAAAAAGAAAUCCCAGCUCCCAGUCCACUUCCCAAUGGUAGCAGUGGAUUAUAUGAAGGAAGACAGACAGCAGACCAGGUGUCUGUGCGACCGCCUGUCCAGAGUGAAGAGGAAAAGAUUUUCAACCCAGAGAUUCGCAAGAGUCCCAGAACUCCAAGACAAAAGAAUCCUCUAGUGCAGCUGUGGGAGUCAGGCCUGAUCAACAACUACAACCUGGAAGACGACUGAGGAUCAGGGAGGGUUUACAGAGACCUACAUUUUCUUUAAUUAUGGGGUGAAAUCAAAACAGAAAUGAUCAGUGUGAAGACGGAGAAAACAUGAAACAGGAGGCAGCAGCAUCAAUGAUGAAAAAGAAGUAACAUAAAGCAAAUCAGAAAGACGUUGAGGAUUAAGGCAAGAAAACGGGGCCAGGCAGACUGGGAGCAAGACAAAUGGCAGUAGAAGGAAAACGCUGCCUUUUUCUUCAGAUGAGAGGAGAGAAGAAAGACUGUGAGACAGGCCACUGUGUUGCCUGCUGGCCUGCUUAUGAUGCUGCAAAGACAAAAGACAAAAGAAUAUCAUCAAGGAAAAAUGAAGAUGACAAAUAAUGCAAUAGAGACCAAACAAAUUCUAAGAAAGCAAAUGUUAAAUCAUGCUGAAGUUCUUUUUAUUUUGAUUUUCUUAAGUAAUAAUAAAGUAUAACAUUUUGGUUUGAAAAGUUAGAAUUGUUAAUUUUCUGAAUAAUGUACAGGGAAACUGUAUUUAUAACAAAUUCCAUGGAAAUACUUAAAAAAUGAAACAAAUGCUUUUUUCAUGCUUCUUCUUUUCUCUGUUAAAAGAAACUAUUUGUUUUUAUCAUCUAACAAAACAAAUCGGGAAUAUGUCUUCCAGUAUAAUGGGUGCAUGCUUGUUUGGUGUCGCUCUUUGAGCGGAUCAAAAAAAAGAGGAAAAGAGGACAUCAAUAUGGAGAUAACCAACUCCUUCCGUUCCUAUUCCCUAAACAACAAUUACCGCCUUUUCAUCAGAGCUGCAAGUGUCUUUACAAAACAGUCGACACCAUAGAAAACACAAACAAUGCUUCAGCUUUAUUAUUAUUCACCUCUGAUUGAACAAAAAGCUCCUCAUACGUGUAUUGAGCAGGAUAAGGUCUACUUUUUGUUUCCUUUGAUUUAGCAGCUUACUUCUUCUGUUUCUCACAAUUUCAUUGUGUAUUUAGGUUUAAGCACAUAGUAUAUGAGAGGACAUUAAAAUUGUUUGAUAGAGGAUCAGGUUAGGUCUGGGUCAUCGUUGCAUAGAAGAUGAAUCCAUAUUUAUAAUUUUCAGCCUCUAUGGAGUAUUAACCAAUGCCUUUGUGUUGAGGGUGUAUAUACAUAUUUGAACAUCUUUGGUGCAUGUGGUGGGAAGAGGAUCAACAGCCACAAUUAUUUAUGAGACAUCACAUCUGACAUGUAAACACUGGUUGGAUAAUACAGCCAGUGAUUAUCCAACUGGUUUCAAACCAAACCAAAUAAAUUUUGGGUUGAAACAAACCAAACCUUAUUGCUGUUUCCAGAUGAAAGUAAUUUUUUUACAUGCUGUAAUAGUGAAGUUGAAAUGGCACCAGACUUGUUAUGAAACGGAUCACAUUUUGCUUGUAAAAUGAGCACAGCUGUAGCAUAUAUGUGUUAUGUUUUGGAAUGAAGCUAAAGCUGAAGUGAAACUGUAUCAGUCCAGCUCUCUUCGGAUAUAUCUUCUAUCAACAGAGUUACCACGGAGGUCAGGAAAUCUUUGUCCACAACAGAAAUGAGAAACACCCUCUGCAGAGCUGUGUGCUUUAUGCUGGGUUUCACUGUGGUCAAAGAUGUGUCACCGUCGGUACAGUUUUGGUGGAAACCCCCGCUGGGCCUUUCUUUGUUUACGUUUGCAUGAAGACGAGACGAGGGCAUGCUUUUGUGACCUCCCAGUGUCCUGUGAAUAAUUCAUGCCCUCAUUCGGACUGGACACAGCCCAGUGAUAUUUCCUGUAAAGUUUUAUGGUGGCACCAAAGCAUCUACAGAAACAAACCUCUUUCUGAGGCUCUUGCACAGCUAUGAUGAAUACAUUCAAAAAGAAACAGCAGCGAAAGCCUUGGAGAGAAACUCAUCAAUGUUCAAAGCUCAACAUGUUUAUUGUUAGGUUACACCAAAACAAUGCCAGUUCACCAUCAAAGAUAAUUUUCUUCUGAAUUUGCAACCUAGCCAUCUUAUCGCUGCAUUUGGUAUCUAAUCUGGCAGCUUUCCAGCCCCAAAAUAAAUGCACGCACCUAUCUUCUGCUCAGCUCAUUUCCAUGAUAUUUAAUUAUCACCACUAUCACUGAAUUCCAAAUGCCUGCUGGUAUAAAGUCAUUGGAGCAACAUUGUGUGAGAGUCAAUCCUGAGCCUCUGAUGCAACAAUAUAUCUUUGCCAAGAGGGAGUGAAAAUUUUAUGAAGACUGCACCACAAUUUGUAGUUUAUUGUUCACAUGCCAGUAAUUUUAUGAAGGACAGGAAGAACUUAUAUAUUAAUAUCCAAGGUUAAUUCUUUAUUCAUGGGACAAGCUAUGUGUUUCCAACAAGACAAUUUCUGGUAGCACAAACACUGGGGUGGAAAUUUAAAUUGUCUUAUACCGGCUUGGUUCCAAACCCCUCCUCUGGAAAAAAAAUCGCUUUUAAAUUUGUUUAUUGGAAAGUUAGAUUUAUCUAUUCUUAAUUCUACAUGUCCUGCUAUCAGCAAUUUGUGAUCCCAUUUUGCCCUCUCCUACUUCAUUUGUGUACUCAAUUUUAUAGCAAACCAUUCAUUACCGAUAUCCUUAAGAAAAUGUAUAUUAGUUUGAUUUAUUUGUAUUUUCUAAGUCCAGUUUAUUAAAAAUCUUAUUUGAAACACCUUUAAUGAAAGUGUUGUUAAAUAAAAUGAAAAUGAUUAAAAAAAAAUUUAAAAACUGGGACAUAAAGCAGAUGUACAACUGAACUAAAUGAGUAUACCAACUCUCUGCCCUGAAGGAUACUGGUGCACUUCGGGUUUUCAGACAGACUUUAAACUAUAUGUAUUUAAACCAGGACAUGAAGAUACCUUAAUUAACUUCCUUAACCUUACUACCUUUUAAUUGGCCAGUAAAAAAACAGUGAAAUUUUAAUGUUUUCCAAAAGCAACAUGCAUAAUGGUUUAAUUUAAUGCCUCCUGCUAUUUUGAAGCGUUGAUUUUCUGAAAGACUUAAUGUUUCAAAUAGACAUUGUGGGGAUUGAACCAAUAAUCUUGGCGUUUUAAGCACCACACUCUGACCAGCUGAGCUAACAGGCGAUACAUAAUGUUGAGUUUUCAUUGAUAUAAGUAAAACUUACAUGAUCUUACCACAAUGAAGAUUUGAGAAAAGAGCUCAUAUUCUAAUGUUUUUCAAAAUCAAUAUGCAUAAUGGUUGUAUUUAAAGCCUUCUGCUAUUUUUAACUUACAGGACACUUUGUUCAAAGUUUGGGAGCCGUCACUGAAAUGGUCUGACAUCCUCUGAGUUUCAGACUAGGUUUGAUGAAUUGCCUGAACAGAUAAUAAUAAAAAUGUUAAAAUAUUCAAUGUAAUUUAGUUUAAAUUUAAAUGUAUAUUAUUUUUUUAAGAUUUUUAUAUUAUGCUUUUUGCUACUAGCUGUAAGUCUGUGUCAUUUAAGAUAUCCGUAUGACAUCUGAUGUGAUCAAACCAAAAAAAAACUCAUGUGGCCUCCUAGUGACAAAUAUUCGCAUGACCACAUUUACCUUCAGCAAACAAGAAGAGAUUUUUAAAAAUUACUUUAAAACCAUCAGUUUGCCCAAGCUGUUACAAAUUGUUCGACAAUUUCUGGGUGCAAAACAACCCGAACUUCAACCGACCAAUUAGAGAAAGAGGUGACAUCAUGUGAUCAAAAUAUUAAAUAGAUGAUAGGUUGAUGUAUACUUUAUUGUCCCCAUAGGAAAAAAAAUUAUUGGAUAUUGUGCUCUAAACAAAGCUGACACCACAAUUAAAUACACUACAAACAAUACAAACUCAUGUUGAACACUAGUAUCACAAUAAAAUCAAAGCACAACAAAAUGCAAAAAAAUAAGGGUGAUGAGAUAUUAUCCAUUAUUAUGAGUGCCAAUGAGUCAGUUUCACAGUAAAUGAAGCCACAGUGAUAAUACCCGGCAUUUCAUGCACAGAUGGCUUCAGUUUUCAGUCACUUUGUAUUGUGUGUGUGUGUGUGUGCUGUCACAAGACAAUGAAAGAGAUUCUUCUUUUGAUUUCCCUUCAAGUGGAAGUUGUUCUCUAUGUCUAGCAAUGCUUAGUGUGUGGGUGUGGCUUUUUGCUUUGAAUUUUGUGAAAGGUUGGAUUAAAUAGCUGAGCUGAGUCACUAAAAAUGAACUUUAACACACCUGAUUUCUGUCAUUGUGUGGAGUGGGGGAGUGGACCAAUUCAAUUCACUGCUAAAACAUAUAAGACAGAAUAGUGCCUGUUAAUGAGUCAUAGUGCAGGAUCUAACAGUGUGGCAGAAUAUUAUGUUCUAAAAUGUUUUAGAAAUCGGGUUUAAAAUGUUUUUUAAGAUUUAAUAUUUUAGUCACUUUAAAGAGUCUUAUAGCGACAUUAACAAAAGGCUAACAAGCCUGUUCUGCCUUACCUGCCAACUCUAAAAAUGUUCUUUCCCCAAUCAUAAUAUCAAAGUGGAACUGACUUUUUUUGUGGUUUUCAGUUUUUUGUGACAUGCAUUUAUAUUAAAUGUUUCAUAAGUAAAAGUUCUUAGACAGGGUCAAGUAUUCACAAAUUUGAGCCAUUUGCAGGUGGCUCUGGUCCACAUCUCCUCUGACUACUGGGGAUCCACUAUAUUUUAGUUUGACAGCCCCUUUCCAGGUCAUGGAUGUAAACCUGAGGGUCUGAAACCUUCACAAUUCAAAGAAACUUUUUUGUCUGUAUUGUUACUAAAUAAAAUUAGUUUAGAGCCACAAAAUCUAAGUAAACCUUAAAAAGAACAAAGUGUAAAAUAGAUUUUUUAGAGUAAAAAAUCUAAAGCACAAUUGUACUUUGUAAAAAAUGUAUGUUCAUAGUGUAUCAUUAUUAUUACUAUUAUUAUGGAAAGCACAUCAUAACCAUUCCAUUAUUAAAACCAUUAAUAAUGGUUUUCCGUUAUUAUUACAUUAAAUGCUACAAAUUAACCACAAUCUACCAAGAUUAAACGCAGCCAUCUCAGUAAUUUAUGAUCACAAUCUUAUUGAUAGUGACGGGUUGCAUAACGUUAGUGCAAGGAUUUGAUUAGAAUAAUUUAAACAGGCAUUAGUCCUGUCAUAUUAAAGUACACAGCAUAUGGUGGAAGCACAACAGAAGAAAAAGCCCAACGCAGUUUUGAAAAACUUAAACUCGGUGUUGAACACCUGUAAUAUGAAGCAUAAGUUUCAGUAAAUGUCAGAGGAGUGAUUCUUUGGAGCAUCACACCCAUCCUCGUGACACACCCCACUGCAAUUACACUCUGCUAACACAGUUAAAGUUUAAAUCACUCAGACUGAAAGGGCCACAAACACUAAGCAACUUCACUAUGGAACAAACCUAGUCUAUGAAAUGUUUACACACACAUUUAUCUGAAUGAAUGCAAUUAUAUGACUAACACCUAACAAAGACUAAAGGACAGGAGGGCAUAACUUUCUACUUAAGCAGGUUUGCCAUAACAAAGAGAUUAACCAGACAAUUCAUGUCAACUUGCUUUUUUUGUUGACUUUCUGUGUGGAUCUCACGGAAACGCACCACCCAGCAGUAAUGAAGGAGGGAGGUGCUGAUAGAACCAAAACAAACUUUCUGUUUUAUUGUUAUCCAGAACAAUCACACUGGAAACAGUACAGACUCGAAUGAGUCAUCUCUCUUUUACUUGUAUUUUGUUUCUAGGGAGCCCAACAUUAUUGUAUUAUUUUCAAUACAAUACCUCUUUUGGCUCAUUCAAAUAAUUUCAAAUGCCUUCUUGCUUUUAAAUCAUUUUCAGUUCAUUACCAAGUUGUUUUAAAUGACAUAAUUUUCGUUUAAGUCAAUUUUCAUUCAGACUUUAAAGAGGUAUACAUUAACAAAAUAAUUUUCAAACAGCGAUUAGCUGAGCACUUAGCUGGAUAAUAAGUUAAACAUUGUGUUUUAGCAUAACAGGGUAAAACCCAACCUGAAAGAUUCCUCACAGCUAUGUGAUGCCUAAUAGCUAUGUGAAAGCUAUGUUUUCACAUAGCUAUUAUGUGCAACAAAUAGUUUUUGGUAUCCUUCCAUUUUCUGUGUACAAUAGAUAAUCAUGUCAGAUACGAAGCUGGGAGAGAAAAUAGGUAUAAAAUCAAUCAAAAGAAAAACCCUGAACACCUUCAGAAAACCGAGAGAACUAUUGAUUCUAUUUGUUUUUUCAGCUAUGGCUUAAAAGCUCUGCACAGUACAGUAACUCAGUUAUUAUACAGUAGGUAUGUAUUUAAAGAUGGCUGCAUGCAAGUCUACUUUUAGCUCCGGGUGAUGUGAUGAAUUACUUGGGAGCAUAUUAAAGCCACACUAAAAUACCCCAAGUGAAACAUAUUUCGUAAAGCCAGGUGAAACAUAUUACACUGAAAACAAAUGAUACAGCCCAUACAAUUCUAAACUGCUCUUUCUUGUGCUAUUAUUUUUAAUAACAAAGUUGUGCACGCCUUGGGUUCAGAAAAUGAAGUAAUUAUAAUAAUACAAUAUGUGUUCAAGUGGUUUGCUACAUUAAACAUUGUAUUUGGAAAUCCUA